AUGGAUGAACUAUCAUUCCUUGUUCAUCACUUCGCGCCAUUUUUCGACAACCUAAAGUUUGUCAUCACCGAUAUAGGCUGGUGGGUGAACAAAUACAGCAGAAUUUUAAGCCGGUUUGUCGCGGGUAUGACUCAUAAAUCCGGCAUAAAUGGUAGUGUUCAUUGCUUUCCUGGAGCUGUGAUAGGCCUCAAAUUCCAUGGCCUUUUAGCCCUUAAUAGAACUGAUAUUCCAGGCGGGUACUCAAUGUUUGACUUCAAGCACUUUCUAGCACAAACAUACAAUCUGAAACACAGAAAUGUUUUUGAAAUAAAGAGAGAAAAGCCAGUUCUGAUUUUGAUAUCCAGGGCAAAGACAAGAAGGUUUGUAAAUGAAGAUGAAAUGGUAGUUAUGAUGGAGGAAUUGGGAUUUGAAGUUGUGGUGACAAGGCCUAACAGGAUGUCAAAUUUGAACAAGUUUUCUGAGCUACUGAACUCAUGUAGUGUCCUGGUGGGAGCUCAUGGUGCUGGCAUGACAAAUGAAGUGUUUUUGCCAGAGGGUGCGGUCGCCGUGCAGGUGGUGCCACUUGGGUUGGACUGGGCUUCAACUAACUACUUUGGUGAACCAGCAAGAGAAAUGGGUGUGAAAUACUUGGAGUACAAGAUUGAACCAGAAGAAAGCACUCUUUUUCAGACUUAUGGGAAAGAUCAUGUAGUUGUUACUGAUCCUCAAUCUAUAUUAGCCAAGGGCUACCAAGCUGCCAGGGCUGUGUAUAUUGAUGAACAGAAUUUGAAGAUUAAUGUAGAGAGGUUUAGAGAGACUCUUGUUCAAGCAAAACAACUCAUUGAAGACUCAAGUGACUUGAGUUCUCUGAAUUGA